AGACCAAAAGUAAUGCACUGCGUACCAAAGAAAAAAGAAGAAAGGAUAAAGAUGAACCAAGAAAGAAGUAUGGCAAGCUGUCCAAGAAAGGUGUGCAGAUUACAUGUUCAACAUGUCACCAACUAGGCCAUAACAAAAAGUCUUGUCCAGUAACAAAGGGUGGAAGUGGUAGAGGAAGUGGUCAAUCAAGCUCGCACAAAAAAUGCCUAGAGGAAGUGGUGAAUCAAGCUCUGCACAGAAAAGGCCUACAGGAAGUGGUGAAUCAGUUGGGUUGAAAAGGGGUAGAGGAAGUGGUCAAUCAAGUUCUGCACAGAAAAGGCCUAAAAAUGCAGGCCUUGGAUGCUACAUAAACCCAACAACUGGAAGAACUGUCAUUAAUCCUGGUAGUUCAAGUGAGAGAGUUGUGAGGCAUGGGACUAUGAGGGAUAGCAAUGCAGUCAACAUUGAUCUUGGAUUUAAACCUCCUAGUCUGAAGUUCAAAGGUAAAAGUGUUGUCACAACCACACAGCUACAGCAGCAGUCUAGAAACAGGAGAAAUAUAACCACCAACAAGCCUUCUACCCAAUUAGAAGCAAGGAAGAAGGCAAUUUGGCAAUUCUGAAUGUCUGUUCAAACAAUUUAGUUCUGAAUGUAUUGUGAAACAAUUUGGCAGUUUUAGCCAAGUAUUUUUAUGUGUUUUAUGUCCUUUGCAUGAAACUGUUAUUUUGCAUGUAA